UCAAAAGUGACCCAAAAUGAAAAAGGCCGUAAUGGCCCAGCCUUUGCGAGUAAAAAUAAGUCUCCUUGUUCUUCUUUCACUCUGUUCAAUAGCUGAAGAAGCUCCACGCUUACUGAAAAUCUACAUUUUUUUUCUUUUAAAAAGAGGGAAACACGAUGAUUCAUCUUCAAUUGUUAAGAAAAUCGUCGCAGACUCGAUCGAGAAAGCAAUUGUCGCAGCUUUUCUCAAAAAUCUCUCAAAUAUCUUCGCAACCAUCCAAGCCGCCUUCUUUUGGCAUUGCCUUCGAUAUAGACGGCGUCGUUUUGCGCGGGAACACUCCUAUUGGUGGCGCUUCCCGAGCACUUAGGAGAUUAUACGACGGUUCCGGUGUUCUGAAGGUUCCUUUUGUGUUUUUGACUAAUGCUUAUUCCAUUGAUAUUGUUGGCUCCAACUUCUCACUUUCUACAGGGGGCGGUAUUCGUGAAUCAAAAAGAGCUGCGGAGUUGUCAGAACUCCUGGGUGUAAAGAUUUCUCCUUCACAGGUAUUGCAGGGCCAUUCACCUUUUAAACAGCUAGUGAACAGGUUUGAGAAUGAAUUAAUUGUUGCUGUUGGGAAAGGCGAACCUGCUGUGGUGAUGUCCGAAUAUGGAUUUAAAAACGUGAUUUCAAUAGAUGAGUAUGCACUGUACUUUGACAACAUUGACGCACUGGCACCGUACAAGAAAUGGGGCACCUUAGAUUUUGCUGUAGACAGAACCAGAAAAUGCAGCAUUAAUUCCAAGAGAGUUCAGGCAGCAUUUAUCGUUAGUGAUUCUGUUGAUUGGAGCAGGGACAUUCAGGUUCUUUGUGAUAUUUUAAGAACUGGAGGUCUUCCUGCAAGUGAAGAAGGGCCUCAACCGCCUCUUUAUUUUGCACAUGAUGACCUUAAAUAUCAGGGUGCUUUUCCUUCUGAACGUUUGGGCAUGGGAGCAUUCAGAAUUGCACUGGAAUCGGUCUUCAAUAGCAUUCAUGCUGAAGCUCUGAAGUAUACAUAUUUUGGAAAGCCGAAUCCAGUUGCAUUUAAGAAUGCUGAAGUUGUGCUAAAGCAACAAGCCUCGUUCAUUUAUCGUGAGCUUAACAUUGUGAACCAUGCAAACUCUGGAAGUCAUGACUUCCAGACACUAUAUAUGAUAGGAGAUAAUCCUGCAGUCGACAUCAAGGGUGCACGGCAGGCUGGAAUUCCUUGGUUUCCCAUUUUGACAAGGACUGGUGUUUUUAAGGGAGAUCAUCAUUCUAAUCAUCCCGAGUUUCCAGCCAGUAUGGUUGUUGACACUGUGGAAGAAGCUGUGGACUUUAUUCUUAGAAAUGAGCAUCAAAUCACAGAUUAGCAGCCGAAUCAAAUGGUAUUCAUCCAUUUAAGUUAAAUUCCAUCCAUUUCAAAUUCGAUUUCUUAGUUUGAGUCACAUUAAAGAAAGCUUGAUUACAACUUUUUUUUCCAUUAAAUUUUAUAUUCUCCAAGCGGCAGUCAUGUCUCGGGGGUCUAAGGUCACAUAUAAUUGCCAUGGCCCUAAUUUUGCUUUUGAGACCAUUGCCAUUCUUGUUUCUCUUCAUUUCUUCAUUAGCACUUAACCAAUCAUAUAGUUUGAAUUUUAUAUUGUUUGCUUCACUCCUUUAAUAUAUUAAAAAAAAAGGUAUAUUAUUUUAUAUAAUGAUUUCAAAGAAUCUUCUGGAAAGCAUUGAUUAAGACCAUAUAAUUAUAUAUAUCAGUCAUCACCUUUAGGUCUAAUCAAAAUUAUUAAUGGAAUAAAUAUCUCAAACUAUGUAAAGAAACAUUUGAUUUUGAACCUUUUCCUUUUGCCCAAGUGUAAUAUUUAUAUUUCUUUUCUUUGUCUAUCCUUUUAGUUAGCGGCUCAUGUGUUUAAUUAAUCCUUAUUUCUUUUUAUAAUUAAGUAAUGGUUUGAAUUGGUUGAACCCUUUAUUUUAUAUAUCAAUCAUAGAGUAAUUAUGAAAACUACUAAUUUUGUAUUGUUCUUAUUUGAUUGAAAUUUUUAACACGUAUGUGUGUAAGGAUAGUAGUUGUACUUGUUUGCUUGUUUGGUGGGUAGAUAAGUUUUUUUAAUAAUGGUACAAAGUAAUAUAUGAUAGUUUAUGCGUGGGGUUAAACUGACUGACUUAAUAGUUUUUGAUAUAUUCGAUUCGGUCAAGCACUCAAGUCGGUUAAAUUGAUUGAUUAUGAUUUUUCUAACUAAAUUGGUUCACUUAACAGAUUUAUAAUAUUAUAUAAUUUUUAACUUUUAAAAUGUAUUUGUAAUAUAUGAUAUAUAUAAAAUUUUAACCAAAAUCCAAUUAAACUUUUAUUUGUGUUUUAUUUCUCAUAUUUAGAAAAAAAUUAUAAAAAAAUUAACCAACUAAACACCAAUGCUAAGUACUGAAGUUGGUCAAGUAGACGGCUAAAAUUUAUUCAAUUAAUUUAAACUAUUUUUUUAAGAGUGAAAAUGUCACGAUGAAAUAAAAGUAAGUUACUAGCUUCAUGAUUAUUGUUCUACGCUUCAUAUACUACUAUCUUUUUAAGGUUUUUUAUCUUUUCAUUUAUAUGAAGCUUCGCCUAAAUAAUGUUUUUUUUGACGACUUAUCCUUGUAUUCCGCUAUAAAAAAGGACAAAGAUCUUUUGCGACGACCAGCUUGCUGCCAAAUCAUCGUGGGACAAUCAAAUACCGCCACGCAAGCAAAUCGGUGUUGUUUUAGUACAUAAAACUGAAAAAAAUACACAACUGCGUCAUCAUCACAUUUAUAUUAGGGUAAUAAUAAAUAUAAUUUUUUUCUUAAUUGUUUGACACAUUAAAUAAUUAUUUAGUUGAAUAAGAUUUUUGGAAUUUAUUUGUAACGUGUAAUAACAGUUUUAAUUCAAUCUAUUUAUUGUCCGAUUCGCAUGAUUUAA